CAGAUCCCCGUAAGAUUCAAGAUUGCACAUGGUGCAAGAUUCGAGGUUAUCGGAAUGUCGGUCUCUAAUAAUCAUGUAAUUAAUUACGAUACAAUAAAUCUUACUGUAUCAUGAUAUUAAUUAUCAAUGUUAAAAAAAUCAGACUUAUCUUAAAUAAUUCCUAGUUUGAAGUUAAAUUCACGAAAAAAAAAGAAAACACGUAUACUAUAAUAUUUUAUUUCAAACGACGCGGAAAAUUAUUUAUGAUGGAUAAGCAUACUCCAGUUUCAUCUGAAAUGAAGAAUUUCUUUUUGGAUGAAGAAAUGAUCUCAGAAGAAGAAGCAGACGAGAUUUUUGAUUUGGACACGAGAUAUAUUGGUGAUUCAAUGUCGAUGAAUGAAGACGAUGAUAGUGAUAAUCAGAUGGAGGAUUCCUCACAAAAAGAUGAUGCCGUGUACGUCUUUCGCGGUCAUUCAUUAACUCAUUCGGUGUUCUGUUGCUCGUUGAGUAAGAAUAGUGAGUUGGCAGCGACGGGAAGUGAAGAGGAUAAAGCAUAUGUCUGGAACAUUAUCACAGGUGAAAUUAUUCUUGAAUGCACUGGUCAUAAAGAUAGUGUUAUAUUCAGUGGAUUUAACUACAAUGAUAUGUACCUGGCUACCGGUGACAUGGGUGGAAUAGUAAAAUUAUGGCAGAUAAGCAAUAAAGUUUGUGUUUGGGAGACUGCUUUAGAUGACAUUACAUGGAUAAAGUGGCAUACUUCUGCUAACAUCUUAUUAGUAGGCUUAGAAACAGGAGAAGUUCAUAUGUUUAAACUACCAGAAGGUGCUUGCAAAGUCUUUGCACAGGGAUAUGGCGAUAAAGCAGAAACUGGUGUAAUUCUUCCUGAUGGAAAACAUGCUGCAGUGGGAUAUUACAGUGGCACAAUUCGUGUAAUAGAUUUAAAAACAAAUACUAUACUCUCUACUAUGCCCUGUUAUCCAACACAAUUACAUGGACAUUCAAGUGCUAUUACUGCCCUUGACUGUCACUUGAAUAAUAAUUUGUUGAUUUCAGUAUCACUAAGCAAGACUAUAUUAAGUAUGGUGCAUAAUGGCAAAAUAACCUGUGUACUUCAAGAUUUAAAUUCUUCUAAAAAUGAAAUGACUAGUGAAGAGGACAAUGCAAAUAAUGUUAGUAUAGAGACUGUAGCCUUUUGUAAAGAUCCUGCAUUCCCAGUUGCUGCAGUUGGAACAAUCGAACAGAAUUCCUCUGGAAAACUUUACAUAUGGGAUAUUUCUAAACAAAUUCUUAGACAUGAAAUUACACAAGAGGGAGGCAUUACAAAGAUUGUUUGGACCAGUGCAUCAAUAUUGUUUACAGCAGGACUAGAUGGUACAUUAAGAUGUUUUGAUGCAAGAACGGGUUGCUGUCUCAAAUCGUUCUCAGGCCAUAAAGAGACUAUACUUGACUUAUGUAUAUCUGAUGAUAAAAAAAAGGUAUUGACCGUUUCCGACGAUAGUACUGCUAGAAUCUUCGAUAUCUCAUCCAUAAUAUAAACAAAACAUAGAUAAC